AUGGGUUUCUUAGUCUGCGCAGCCAUUAUUCACUUCUCUUCUAAUACUUGGUUUUGCCGCUUUGAUCGCCAGAAGAUCACAGACUUGACUCCUUUGCAUAACAAUUUUGGGGCGGGCGUACUCGGCUCGGUGGACCUCUUUCCCCACCUGCGCCCCUUGCGGACCAAACUUUUCCCUCUCACCUCCCCGCCAGCUGCCCGCAGCGCGGCUCUCGGUAGGAACCCGGAGUUUCCCCGCACCCUCCCCGGGAAGGGGGUCGGUCGGGGAGGUUGCACCCCAGGGGACGAAAGCGGGGCGCGGCCUGGCUCGGGCACGGGGGCCGGUGGGGAGGGCGGCGAGAAGGCGCUGGCCGGGAGCCCGAGCGCCGAGAACCUGGCGCGCCGACUUCUGCUUGCCUUCCCCGGGCCAGCGGCAGAAGAGCCGUGGGACCAGGGCUCAGCCCUGUAG